GGUUCGCUGAUUGGUAGGCUAGUGGUGCGGCAUGUUACGGCAUCCCCAUCACUCGCUGUCGCUGCCAAAUCGGGUGGUCGAUAUUUUUUUUAUUUGAACUUUGAUCGACAGCAGCUUUAGCAGGUGGACGAUGCACUCAAGACUCUCAGCUAGCAGGAGUCUUGCAAGGCAGACCAGGUCACUGUGGUCGUCUCCUGCAAGAUGCGAGGACAAGCCCAUCAUGAACCGCUACAGCAGGACGGUCACCCAACCAAAAGACCAAGGUGCAAGCCAAGCCAUGCUGUACGCUACUGAAGGCAUCAAAGAUGACGAGGACUUUCAAAAAGCUAUGAUUGGUGUCGCGAGUGUAUGUUCAGGUAUGAAGGGCAAUCCAUGCAACCGGCACUUGCUUGGCUUGGGGCAGGAAAUCAAGGGUUCCCUGGUCGAAUCUGGGCUCAUUGGCUACCAGUUUGGUACAGUCGGUGUUAGCGAUGGGAUCAGCAUGGGCACGGCAGGAAUGUCAUAUUCUCUGCAGUCGCGCGACCUUAUUGCGGAUCAGGUAGAGACAGCCGCUGGUGGCCAUUGGUUGGAUGGAAUGGUUGUGGUACCGGGGUGUGACAAGAAUAUGCCAGGUGUACUAAUGGCUCUUGGACGACUCAACCGUCCAGGUCUUAUGGUGUAUGGAGGCACCAUUCGUGCGGGCUCAUGCGCGGGUCAACCUCAACUGGAUCUCGUCUCUGCAUUCCAGGCGUACGGACAAUACCUACAAGACGGAAAGACACCAGAAGCAGAAGCCCUCCGGUAUGAGACAGUGCGGCAUGCAUGCCCUGGCCCCGGCGCUUGCGGGGGUAUGUACACGGCAAACACCAUGGCCAGUGCAGCCGAGGCUCUUGGAAUGACCCUUCCCGGUUCUUCUUCGUAUCCGGCUGAAUCUCCAGAGAAACACGAUGAAUGUAAGAAAGUUGGUGCCGCCAUGCGAAAUCUUAUCGAAAAAAACAUUCUGCCUCGCGACAUCAUGACGCGCUCGGCAUUUGAAAACGCUAUGGUUCUCACCAUGAUCCUAGGAGGUUCGACGAAUGCCGUACUGCAUCUUAUUGCUAUGGCCCACGCUGUAGGCAUCAAGCUUACCCUUGAUGAUUUCGCACAAGUGUCGGAGUCAACGCCGUUCCUCGCUGACAUAAAACCAAGCGGCAAGUAUGUCAUGGAGGACGUCUACAAAAUCGGAGGCAUACCCAAGAUACUUCAUUUCUUGAUGAAAAAUAAUUUCAUCGACGGUAGCAACAUGACGGUCACUGGUGCUACUCUAGGCGAGAACCUGGAGCGCUGGGUACAUAAACAUGGUGAACUCUCCGCCAGUCAGGACGUAAUCCGUCCCCUCGAUAAGCCGAUUAAAGCUACUGGUCACAUCAGAAUUCUGCGUGGUAACUUGGCUCCUGGAGGUGCUGUUGCCAAGAUUACUGGCAAGGAAGGUCUUGGGUUUACCGGAAAAGCUCGCACCUUCGACUCAGAGGAGGCCUUUGUCUCUGCAGUCGAGUCUGGCUCGAUCAAAAAGGGAGAAAAAACCGUCGUCGUCAUGCGCUACCUCGGCCCUAAGGGUGGUCCUGGUAUGCGUGAGAUGUUGAAACCCACCAGCUUGAUUAUGGGCGCUGGCCUUGGUCAGGACGUUGCGUGCCUUACGGACGGGCGAUUUAGCGGAGGAUCUCAUGGGUUCUGCAUAGGUCACGUCGUCCCUGAAGCACAAGUUGGCGGACCUAUUGCGCUUGUAAAGGACGGUGACAUCAUUUCUGUCGAUGCUGUGGCAAACACCAUGGAGCUGCAUAUCUCUCCCGAGGAGAUGGAACGUCGUCGGAAAGCCUGGGUUGCCCCACCACUGAAAGUCACCCAAGGAACGCUCUACAAGUAUGUCAAAAUGGUCGAAGACGCCAGCCAUGGGUGCAUCACCGAUGGUUAA